AUGGCUCCCUUCGCCAUAUUCGCAGCUCUUGGGCUGUUUUUGUCGGCUGCAAACGCGCAAAACUGCACUCCGCUUACUCCGUCGGCACAGCUCAAGAUAAGCGAUGGUUAUACCGCACAGGUUAUCUUGAACGGGUUGAGAGUACCACGCAAUAUCAUUUUCGAUACGGCAGGAAACUUACUCGUGUCAGAGCAAGGAGGGGCUGGUAUUAGGAGGGUGGUCUUGACAGAGAGUGACGGAAACGUCUGUGUAGCUUCAAGCGCCCAGUUGAUCCCUGAUACAUCGUUUAACCAUGGCAUCGCACUCAGUCAAGAUGGAAAGACCUUAUUCGUCUCGAAUAUGGCGAGCGUAUACGGAUAUCCAUAUGAUGCAGAAGCCGGGACUGUCGGCACCAGGAAGACGUUGAUAGAGGGUAUGAGAAGCGGAGGCCAUAUCACUAGAACACUUCUUGUCCCCUCUAGCGCCCCGGACGUCCUUAUAGUCUCACGCGGUUCCGACGGGAAUAUUGACAAUACGACCACUAAUGUUGAAGCCGGGAAAAGUAUAAUCAAGACUUUUAAGAUUUCGGAAUUACUUGCAUCGGAGAUAGCGACGAAUUAUGUAUCCGGGGGUGAGGUUCUAGGAUGGGGUCUGAGAAACUCGGUCGGCGUCGGCGAGGAUCCGUCAACAGGUGGUAUUUGGUCUGUUGAGAACUCGGCAGAUGAUAUCGUCCGUAGCGGUGUCGAUAUUCAUAAUGAAAACCCGGCCGAGGAACUGAAUUAUCAUGGUGUCAUCAAAGACGCAGAAAAUACCCUUAAAGGCCAGAAUUACGGAUAUCCAGCUUGUUUCUCUGCUUGGCAAACUACGAAUAUUCCGUCGAAUUCUAAAAUUACUGUUGGCUCACAGUUUGGUGGCAUAGCCGGUACUCCUUUCGAGCAGGUAACGGCGCGUGGCUCAUUAGAAGAAGUUGACGAGUUUUGCCGCACUGAACGACAAGGGCCCCGUCUAAUCUUCCCUGCCCAUACAGCCCCGUUAGAUAUUAAAUUCAAGGAAGAUGGAAGUGCCGCUUACGUUGCAUUUCACGGGAGCUGGGACAGAAGGCCUCCUGACGGAUACCGGGUGGGUAAGAUUGCAUUCGCCAACGGCCAGCCCGUAGCAAAUAUCACGGAUACUACGGCCGUGGAGUAUAUCCUGCAGAACGAGGACACGACUAAAUGUCCGGGGGCAUGCUUUCGUCCCGUGGGCCUUGCAUUUGACAAGAAGGGUCGUCUAUUUAUGACUGCGGACAUGUCUGGAGAGAUCUUCGUGAUAACUGAGGUUUAA